AUGUUGAUAAAGAAAAGAAAGCUUCUGGAGUUUGAAACUGUGGCAUUAACUAAGGAAAGUAAUACAAGAGUCCAGAGCAAAUUGCCUCCCAAAUUAAAGGAUAUAGGGAUUUUUACUUUACCAAUUUCAAUUGGAAAUUUCUGUUCAAUUAAUGUAUUGUGUGACACUAGUGCUAGUAUCAAUUUAAUGUCGUAUUCUAUUUACAAGGAAUUGGGACUAGGUAAAAUCAACUCAACAUCAAUAACGCUACAAAGAGCUGAUAGAACAAUCGCAAGGCGACAUGGCAAAGUUGAGAAUGUACAUGUAAAAGUGGGAAAUUUCAUAUUUCCUGUGGAUUUCAUUGUAUUGGAUAUACCAGAAGAUCGAGACAUUUCAGUUAUAUUGGGUCGACCAUUCUUAGUAACGGGACGAACCCUUAUUGACAUGGAGAAGGGAGAACUAAUAUUGAAGGUGGAGGACAAGAAGGAGAUCUUCAAUAAUUACAUCCAAUAUGAGAAACCUCCCAAUAAACAUGAUUGCUGUAUAAUUGAUGAAGAAGAACCAUCUGAUCAAUGA